CUCACAACGAGCCGGGCUGAUUAAAUCAACGCGAUGCAUAGACUCGUAGCGAGCUAUGGGUACAGACAGAGGCUCCGUAUGUCGCGGACAUUUACAAAAGAGACAGAAAAGAGAAAAGAGACGAGAAACACAUGCAUCAUAGACCCGGACCGAGAAAGAAAGAAGAGGAAAACCCCAGUGCCCUUUGCACUAAACGCUUUAUAUUGCGUCGACAUUCUCCGCCUAAUCAACGUACGGGAGGAUCCGUACGCUGUCACCUGCGUAAGCCACGACUCCGAGCUCAAGUUCCGUCGCCCGACUUCGGUGCAUGGACGGGCUUGACAUUGUCCUGCGAGAUCGAGGUCGCGAAUGCUGAGGCCGAUGGCGCUGGUUCGGGACUCCCAUACGAGUACUUGACAACACCCGAAACCGUCGCCUGCGAGUCGCUCUUGUCGCUGCGAGUUCGCUUCUGCUCCGCGUUUACGACGAAUGACCACGACUUCUCUCUCUCUCGGAUCGCGUUUAGGUCGGCCUUCGUCUUCUUCAGCUCUUUGUCAACUGAUUUGUUGUCCUUCGUGAGGCUCAUGACCUGCUGGACUAGCGUAUCGACCUUCUGCUCGAACUCUGCCGUUCGCUUGCGGAGGUCCGCGUUCACGGUGUCGAGAGCCUGCUGAGAUGCACUCUCGGCGUCCCUCUUGCCCUUGACGAGAACCGCAUUCCAUUGUGCAUGUGCAGCGGCGUUGAGCUCGUGCGAGCGUCCCCGGCGUUCGGAAGCAGCCAGGUCCUCUUGCAGUCGACCGAUAUCCUUCUCCUUCCCUGC